UGACAAUUGGUUUGUAAACACAAUAACAACACGUCUGCAGACAAAACAAUCAGUGAUUUGUUGAGCCGUAAGACUAACCGCGCGGUCGGAGUGGACAGAGAGGCGGCAGACAUGAGCGCCGACACCAAGAAGGAGGCGUCGGGGCCCACACGGGGGCGACUGAGGGACCUCCAGAAGCGCAGGUACACCGAGGAUGGCGAGGACGAGGAGGACCUGUUCUUCGCGGGCCGCGGCUUCGACGUGGACCAGAAGCUGGUGUCCGACCGCUUCGACCCCCAGAAGUACGAUGUGCUGCAGGAGAUGACCGGCGAUCAGCUGACCAUUCGCUACAUCCAAGACAAGGGCUUCUCGAAGCCUAUUAUCGUGAAGCAGAUGAAGGGUUGGGAAGCCAUCAGUUGUCUGACACUAUGCGUGCAUUACAUGUACUGA